AUGCCCACCCUUUCUGUUUUCUUGGAUGUGCCACUUGCCCCAAAGAUAGGGAGCAAAUUACUAGAUGAUUUCAAACACGACAAGAACCCCAAAAAGGUGUACCUGGCCUAUGGAGUUUGCAUGACAGGAGAUGGAGUUCCCUGGCUUUCACCUGUGGUGCCCAAGACCCUGAUGAAGCUUGCCAAUGAUCCUUCCUUCAACUAUGAACCUCAGCCUGAGCAAGGCUUGGACGCAUUCGUCCGCGUGACUACAGAGCUACUUGUUGGCAGGCAUAGCCCAGCCAUUGUAGACAAUAGGGUAGGGGGUGUGCAGACUAUUGGUGGGAAUGGUGCCAUUCAGCUUGGGGCAAAGUUCCUCAAGGAUUGGCAUCAAGGUUCCCGAUCGGUUUAUAUACAAUCAUCACAAAAGGAUCAACAUGGACUCAUUUUCCAGGAACAAGGCUUUAUUAUUCGUGAGUAUACCAUCUGGGAUCCUUAUCGGCUGGUUUCAGACGUAAGCAAGCUUAUUGAAGUAGUGGAGCAAGCCUAUGACAAAAGCAUCCUUGUGAUAUACAACCCUGGGAGCUUCGUUUUGCCCCGAAAAAAAUGGAUGAAGUUGUCUAAAACAAUAAAGAAGAAGCAGAUAUUCCUGUUUUUUGAUGUGCCACAUCAGGGCUUUGUCAGUGGUGACCCAGACCGGGACAGCAAGAUCUUACACUAUUUUGUUGUUCAUGGCUUUGAGUUCUUCUGCAGCCAGUCCCUUUCCAAUUCUUUUGGCCUCUAUGAUGAGCGCACAAGCAACCUGGUUGUUGUGGCAAUGAACAACAAGGCCUUACUGUGUAUUCGUUCCCAGCUGACCAUCUAUGCCCGGUAUUUGUGGGGCAGCCCUCCUGCCUUGGGGCCAAGAGUGAUCACCACAGUUCUCAGUAACCCUGCUUUGAGAGUAGAGUGGAAGAAGAGUCUAAGAGGAAUGGUAGAGAAUAUCAUGUUAACUAGAGAGAAAGUGAAGGAGAAGCUUCGACUCCUGGGCACACCAGGGUCCUGGGAACAUCUCACACAGCAAGAUGGGAUACACAGUUUCCUUGGCAUAAAUGCGGAUCAGGUGAACUACCUGGUCACGAAGAAGCACGUCUAUAUCCCCAAGAGUGGACAGAUCAACUUCACCUGCAUCAACAGUCAUAACAUUGACUACAUUGCCCAGAGUAUCAAUGAGGCCAUACUUGCAAUAGGUCCAGGCCCAGAGCCCAGGGAGCCACCGCCCAAACCACCACGCACUGAGAGCAAAGAUGCGAAGUUGUUAGGAGUUAAGGCUCCAGGGAUGAAGCCUUCACCGUUUGCUGCUCUCUUCCGGAAAUAA